AUGUCCAGUGGGGGAAGAUUUAAUUUUGAUGAUGGAGGGUCCUACUGCGGAGGCUGGCAGGAUGGCAAGGCUCACGGACACGGGAUCUGCACUGGUCCCAAGGGGCAGGGCGAGUACGCCGGCUCUUGGAGUCACGGCUUCGAAGUACUGGGCGUCUACACCUGGCCCAGUGGCAACACCUACCAGGGCACCUGGGCACAGGGAAAGCGGCAUGGCCUCGGAGUGGAAAGCAAGGGCAAGUGGGUGUACAGAGGGGAGUGGACCCAUGGAUUUAAAGGGCGAUAUGGGGUCCGGGAGUGCACAGGGAACGGAGCCAAAUACGAGGGAACCUGGAGCAACGGGUUGCAGGAUGGCUAUGGCACGGAGACCUACUCUGAUGGAGGUACUUAUCAAGGCCAGUGGGCAGCUGGGAUACGUCAUGGGUAUGGAGUACGUCAGAGUGUGCCCUAUGGAAUGGCUGCAGUUAUUAGGUCCCCUCUCAGGACCUCUAUAAACUCUCUUCGUAGCGAACACACAAAUGGAACUGCGUUGCACCCCGAUGCCUCCUGCACAGUAUCUGGUAGCCCUGCAGUAUCCCGAGGAGGGUUUGUACUAAUGGCCCACAGUGAUGCAGAGAUACUGAAAAACAAGAAGAAAGGAAUCUUCAGAAGGUCCAUUCUCAGUGGUCUGAAGUUGCGCAAAUCAGAAUCUAAAAGCUCUUUGGCUAGCCAAAGGAGCAAACAGAGCUCAUUCCGUAGUGAGGCAGGUAUGAGUACAGUGAGCUCCACAGCAAGCGAUAUAAACUCUACCAUCAGCCUGGGGGAGGGAGAGACAGAGCUCUCUGUCAUAGAGGAUGAUAUUGAUGCCACCACCACAGAGGUCUACAUGGGUGAAUGGAAGCAUGACAAACGGUCUGGUUUUGGGGUAAGCCAACGCUCAGACGGUCUAAAAUAUGAGGGAGAGUGGGCUAAUAACAAACGCCAUGGCUAUGGCUGUAUGACCUUUCCUGAUGGGACUAAAGAGGAAGGGAAGUACAAACAUAAUGUCCUGGUUAGUGGAAAGAGGAAGAACCUGAUCCCCCUCAGGGCCAGCAAGAUCCGGGAGAAAGUGGACCGAGCAGUUGAUGAAGCUGAAAGAGUGUGUAACAUCGCUAAGCAGAAGGCUGAGAUUGCUGCUUCAAGGACUUCUCACUCGAGGGCUAAAGCAGAUGCAGCUGCUACAGCAGCACUUAAAGCGCAGGAGGAAGCCCAGAUAGCCAGAAUUUCUGCCAAAGAGUUCUCACCAUCCUUCCAGCAUCGGGAAAACGGGCUUAAAUGCCAGAGGCCAAAACAUCAGAACUCAAGCGAUGAUAUUGAAGUCAUCUCAACAGAGACUCCACCACAGCAUGACAGCCCUGAACUUUAUAGGAAAGGGACUACACCUGAUGUUACCCCUGAUGACAGCCCAAUGAGGAGCCCUCUGUGCAGCCCCCCAUCUACACCACCUCCAACUCAGCCAGUCCCCAAAUCUAGAAACAAGAGUGCCCACUUUUCUAGGCAGCUGUCUGUGGAUGAGGAUCGGGGAGGGGAUAUCCAAAUGCUGCUGGAGGGAAGGGGCGGGGACUAUGCUAGGCCCAAUAGCUGGAGUGAAGUUGGUGGGGGCAGAAUAGGAAUGUCACAGGGAAAUCCACUGGGGCCAUGUUCAAUUCCUGAAGACCUUUUGCUUAAGAGCACUGGCCACAAACAUGUGGUUUCCAACCACAAGCCAAGGGAAAGGUGGGCAGACUCCCCAACAACCAUAUCGUGGACUUCACACCGUACACACAACCACAGCCCAAGUGGCAAUAAGCUGCUUGAGGUAGAUGAGGAGAAGCUUAGCAAUUAUGAGAUGGAAAUGAAACCCUUGAAGAGAAUGGAUUCUUAUAUGCAAGAAGUACACACCCAAAAAAGACAGUUCAGCAAAGCAGGUCCCCGGAAUACACCCGAGACACACCAUCUAGAGGAUCGCAUGUAUGGAGUCCAGAGACUGAGGUCCAAACCUCAGAACAAAGAGAACUUAAGGCCGGCAACUUCUGCUGAGCCCACCGUGCAGAAACUAGAUACACUGCGGUUUGGGGAGAAAGGAGAAUCAAGGCUUCUAAGAAGAGAUUUGACACUUUCCCCACCGCAAAAAUCUUUACCUGUUGCACUAGACUCUGACGAGGAAAACUCUGCUGAGCUCAAGUCCACGGGCUCGGCUCCCAUCUUGGUAGUCAUGGUGAUUUUGCUAAACAUCGGAGUCGCCAUUUUGUUUAUCCACUUUUUCAUUUGAUGGGACUGCUCAACCCUUUGCAAAAAAAAAAAUAAUAAAAAAAAAACAGUAUAAAAAAGGCUGUCAAUUUGAAAAAAAAGUAACACUAAACUGAAAAUUCAAAGUUCUAGAACAAUGAACGCUGCUUACAGAGCCAGGAAUGCAACUAUGGCUCUCCAUCGGCUGGUUUUCGGAUUGAGCCUCUACGUUUUACUAUACUUUUUUUUUUUCUUCAAAAGAAACUGAAUUGAGUUGUAUUCACAGUUUGCCUUUUUCUCCUUGGGUAAUGUCUUUUUUUGGGGUAUAUUGUUUUUCUGCUCGUUUGGCAUGAGAGAAUGCAAGAGAUAUUGACUUUAUUUAUUAUUUAUUUCAGUUUCUUUUGUUCAAAGUCCAUUUCUGAAAAUGUGCUUAAUGGGUGAAAUACAGAAUCAUACAUGGAAAAGACUUUCUAGGAGUAUACCCACUUUAGAUAUAUACUGCAGAUACCCCAGUUCAUUGUCAGAGGCAUUCACCCCUCUGCUCAUGAAUGGGUUAUGUCAGGGCUGACGCUUUUAGGGACUUUGUCUGGAGAUAGAAUUCUAGUUAGCUAGGGGUGCUGGGAAUGAUUGACUACGCUAAAUGGUUUGAAUGUGAAAGUAAUUUAAAAUAAAGGCUUGUUGAUUGGUUUUUGAGGAUUAUAGAGUUCCAUAUUAAGAAAGGAGCCCUAGGGCUGACAGCCUGAAGGCAAGAAUCCCAAGAAGAGCUGUGCCAAACCUAUUCUAUUUUAUAAUAGUUGCAAGUAAAAUGGAUUCUAGUCAACCCAAAGAGAUUCAUAAAUAGUCAUUGAGUUUUGUUCUACCUUCAACAUAGUGGUUACUAGGGUCUUACUCAGAAUAAAAGAGCAGUACUAAAAUAGGCCGAGAGGAUAUAGGCACACAUUUACUUUCCCAAAUCCAAUAACUUUACUUUAUUCCUUCUUAUGUUGCCUCGGUCUUUUAUGUUUUUGCUGGUGGAAGUUUUCUCAAAGUCUAAUACUUAUCAUAUGGGCCUUCAGUUAUCGCUUGUAGUUCAACAACUACACUGGAGCUGGCUGAGUACGUUCUUAGAAUUUGCCCAUGGUGCUUUUUAAGUAAAGUCCUCCUCUUUAUACUUAAUGGCACAGUAUACACCUAUCUUUUAACAUCAUCUGAUAUAAAUGGUUUCCGUUAUUGCUGGCACUAAACAAGAAUAUGAAGCCAGUUUCACUUUAGUACUGUCCCAAAGAAUAUCAAAGGAGCUGAUAAAACGAAUUGCCAGUACACUGAGAAGCCACUGAUAAUGAGCUGAUCAAAGGUUGCUGCUUAGAGGAGGGGUUUGUUUAAAGGUCUAUAGGGAGUUCUGAACAAAUUUCCAUAUUUAUAAGGGAAGAGGAAGGUAAGAGUCCAAUAAACAUAGCCCGACUUUCAAAUUAGUAAUUUAUAAUGGCAAAAUAUAGGAAAAUAUUGAUUUUUAAAAUGAAAAGAAUCUGAAAGUAAUUUCAAUGCAAGUUCUAUUUAAUGUGCUAACUGUAUACUGUCCCUUUAAAAAUAUUGUGCUUAGUUUUACUAAUGUAGGACAGAUAUGGGAUCUGUUAUCCAGAAUGCUUUGGAUCUGAUUUUUCCUGUAAUUUGGAUCUCCAUACUUUAAGUCUGCUAAAACAUCAUUUAAACAUUAUAUGAAACCCAACAGGGAUGUUUUGCCACCAUUAUUGAUUCAUGCAGCUUCUUUAUCUUAGCCUAUGGGAGAUGACCUUUCCAUAAUUUGGAGCUUUCUGGAUAACGGGUUUCCGGAUAAUGGAUCAGAUACCUUUACCAUAUACAUGAGUCAUCAGGCCUAGAAAACGUAACUUCAGAACACAGCUUGGCGAUGGAGACAGCCCAUGAAAAGGUUUCUCGUUCUGUGUUAUAACUGAGCCUUUGAGGUCCAUGCAAAUCCACGGUGGGGCUGCACAGUCCUUUCUAUUGGCUACCUUUACUGCAAAUUGUUUUACUGCAUACAACAAUGCAACAAGGAGAUUGAGACACUUGGAAUGUACAGAUUGGCUCAUCUGCCUCUUGGGAUAUAAAGGCACAUUGACCUUCCCACUUCGAGCAAAUAUGAAAUUGAGGAGACUUAUAUGGCAUUGUGUACCCUUAAAUCAGAGUAUUUGAUGACAUCACACACUAUCAUGUUCAGCCCCCUUCCAAGAAAACAUAUUGCUGUAGCCACAUUUUGUGGGAGUAUCUGUUGUUUCCCUAAGCCAAGUUACGUUUAUAAUCCAUUGCAUGCCUGCUUACAAUUAACUGGAACUGCCAGGUCCAAGUUACCAUCUGCUUGUAUUGUACCCACUUGGAAUUUGAAACCAGAGGAAGUAUAUUCUGGGGCACUGGUAGUAGUAAAGUGAUGGCAAAUCUUUCAAUUUGGUCAUUCUGAUAAACAGAAGCAAGAUAGCAUCUCAAAAACAAAAAAAGGAACAAGUUACAGAUGCGGUUUCUAGACGUAUGCUGGUAAUGAAAUAAAUGUGUGGGGCAAAUGUUCCUAGCUGAGGUUGGGAACCCUGUAUAGAACAUUAGUACCUGGAAAUAGGACUGGAACCCGUACAAGUUUGUGUAGCUAUUGGCCACUGUUUCAGCCAGCUCCCCACAUUUUAUGCAUAUUAGGAUGUACAGUAACGAUAAAAUCCCCAUACUAAAAGGGGGGGCAUUUCUAAAGCGUGCUUAGAUUUGUCUUAUUCCUUUUGUUGGGCCAGUGCCAGAUUGGUUCACAUUUGACCUUAGCAGGUACAUAAGGAAAAAGGGAAAUAAAUACUUCAAACGUUUUGCUUUAGUUCAAGGGGAUACAAUGAAUGUUUGGCAAGGUUCAGGAUUAAAGAGUUAGCCCCCCCCCCCCCCCCC